GAUGACGUACUGAUGACGUACGUCGUCCAGUCGAUAAACAAUCAUGGCGGACUGUGAAAGCGUCGCUCCCGUGUAUUUGGCGAUCAGCAACAUCCCCGUCGCCUUUCGCUCGGCGGACCUGAGGAAUUACUUCAGUCAGUUCGUGGAGAGCGGCGGUUUUCAGUGUUUCCACUACCGCCACCGGCCGGAGGUUCUCCGAGAGUCCGAGGGCGCCGGAGACGACGCCGAGUGUGGAGACGUCGAGGAGGAGGAGGAAGGCGGCUCCCAGUCUCCACAGACCGACCAGCUCGACACAAGCACCGCGGCCAAGAGGCCGGCGGCGGGCUCGUGCUGCUGUGUCGUCGCGGUUCGCGGUGCGGACGCGGACCGGUUCGUCAGGAUGUAUGCGCGGAAUAACUGGAUCGACUCGAAGGGCUCAUGGCUCGCCCGGCGCUGUGUCAUCAAGCGGAUCAAAGUAUCUCACGACAAAGAUGAUGAAUCCUUCCCCUAUAAAACAAAGUACGAGCAGCGGCACCAUGUUUCAUUAACGGAGCGUUUCACAGAGGCCGACCUCAAAAGCCUAUCCGAGCUGAAUCCGCCCGCCCUGAUGCAGAAUGGGAAUGUGGGCACGCCGGUGAAAGUGUUCCUGCAGCUCAUCCAGUCCUGCAGACUGCCUCCGCGCCUCAUCCGAAAGUUGGGCCUCACUUUCCCCAAGACCAGCUCCAACCGCCGAUACGGCAACGUACCUUACGAGUAUUGGGACACUUGGACACUUCCGGCCACAGAGGAGACCGUAUUAACAGCUGCUGGACAUGAAAUAUCAGGACCAGGCACUUUGGCUGAUCGACCCUCGAGACAACUGACUGACAGCACGAAAACAACAGAGGCUGACGAGCCGCAGAAAGAGGAGGAAGAGGAUGCACAGUCUAACGCAGAUGAUGAUGAUGACCGCUGUGAGGAGUGGGAACGCCAUGAGGCUUUACACGAGGAUGUCACGAGCCAGGAGCGAAGCAAAGAGAGGCUGUAUGAAGAAGAAAUCGAGUUGAAGUGGGAAAAGGGCGGCUCAGGCCUGGUGUUCUACACCGAUGCUCAGUACUGGCAUGAAGAAGAAGGAGAUUUCGAUGAGCAAACGGCGGACGACUGGGACGUCGAUAUGAGUGUUUACUAUGAUAAAGAUGGAGGCGACAUGGAUGCCCGCGACUACGUCCGAAUGCGCUACGAAAAGAGGCUGAGGGAGGGUCUCGAAGAUGGAUCUGGAUCCAGUCAGUCAAUCGGCAAGUUUGAGAAGUUCACUAAGGGUUUCGGCCGUCGUGUGAUGGAGAAGCAAGGCUGGAAGGAUGGCGAAGGCUUGGGGAACAGUCAAGCUGGAAUCCCUGAAGCCCUGACGAGUGAUGGCCAACAUCCUAACUGCAAAAGGGGCUUUGGGUAUCACGGACGGAAAUUGCACUUACAUCCCGGGAAAAAGGCCAGAAAGGAUUUCCAUAUAUCUACAGUAUAUGAUAAACCCAAAGACAUAGAUGAAGGUGACACCUUGCUAAGACGCCAACCAAACACCAAUAUGAAGUACAGAGGCUGGCAGCCAGGUGGCACCAUCGGACCACGGAGAUGACGUCAAACAAAUUAUCAUUUUGUAUAUACUUAUUUUUGCUUAGUUGUCUGCCUUUGAUAUUAAAAAAAUGUUUUGAACCAU